AUGUGGGUAGAGUCUCGAAAAUCGGUUAAGGAUAUAGAGCUUUUGAAGGGAGGUGUCUUCACUGGUAAAGGUGAUAGCCGAUCUAUGCGACGAGUACUGACCUAUGUUCGUGAUGUUGCAAUUGAGGAAGCUUUCACGGCAUUAGAGUAUCGGGAGCUAUUGAAGCGUCAGAUUUCUCAGACUGCUCGAGCUGCUGUUCAUCCUCGCAGAGUCACUACUCAGCCUGCUCUUAUUCAAGAGCUGCGACGAGAGGUCUCAAGCUUUCUAUCACUUUAUGGUCAAGGAGACUCUGGCAAGUUGGAUUCUUGGAAAAGCCUACUAUUUUUAUCACAAGGAAAGUCCGAGAAAGUUGCCACCUUUGCCCAGAGGUUUGACGACGCCUAUAAUGAUGCGGUAUGUCUUGGUAAUGUCAUAGAUGAUGCUCAGGCCGCACUACAAUUUGCGUCGGCUUUGAAUGAGCAAUGGUCGAUUAGUGCUGCUACUCUAAUAGCUGCUGGUGUUACUUCGUUGGCGGACUUAACUUCUCGCUUAGUCGCAGAAGAGAAGCUGUUCAAACAUUCGGUGAAUGUUAAGGUCUCGGUUGGUAAUGUUGACUCUACUGGUGGUAAGACUAUAUUUGUCUCGAGUACUCAGAGAGUGGGAGGUCAAGCUACUAAGGAAGAUGGUGUAAGAUCAUGCUUCUAUUGCCAUCAGCCGGGUCACCUGAAGGCCGAUUGUCCCCAACUCCGUGCCAAAAGGCAGAAUAAGCCAGACCCUAUUGGUAAGGAUCAAACGGCAAAGUCCGUUCCUAAAGAAGGGACAGAUAAAGUCACUUCAGUGGCUUCUAUUGGUGUUGUCAAGUCCAAUGAUAUGGAAUCUGACAUUUUUUCCCCUAGCACGCGCAUGGUGUCGGUGUGCGGUACCGGGACAGCUGAGCACGCAAGCCCAAAGAUUGACCACAAAGCCCUCUUUGAUACAGGUUCGGUUAAUAAUUUUAUCUCGAGAAACCUUGUUGACUUACUACAAUCAAGUAGUAUUGAACUUGAGGUGAAUCCUUUGGAUGGUAAAACAAUUAAACUUGCCGAUGGUUCGCUUAGAGAAUCUAUGGGUGUUAUAUCUUUGUUGAUAGGCGUCGACGGUGUCAGUCGUAGCUUAUCUUUUUAUGUACUUUCUUCACUAUGUCCCGAUCUUAUUAUUGGUUGGGAUGGUAUGUGUACUUUGGGGGUCAUUGUCAAGACUCAGCAGAACGAGAUUGUAUGUACGGGUGCCGUCUUUGGGGAGAAGAAGGAAGAUUCUGAGGAACCUCAAUGUCUUGCUAGGAUGGCCAAAGGUUCAUCUCCGGCUAUUCUGGGCACUGACGAUUUUCAUCAUGAUCCAUUCAGUGAGCUUAUUAUAUCUGAAUCAUAUUGGUAUCAUCUGCCCAGUGCUCCUGGUUAUCGUAUCCGGGUUAGACGGCUACGAGAAGGCGAGCAGAAGGAUACGGAGAAGCAAGUCUUCGUUUUCGAGUUGGAUCUUAAGGGAGCAACUAAACCUACUACCACUACCCCUCGUACUUCCAACUACUCGGAGAGGCUCAUAUCACGAUUGUCUGAGGAGGAUCGUGAGUUAUUCUAUGCUGAGGUGGAUGGUUACUUAUCACGCGGUUGGUGGCAGGAGGAGAUCCCGUCACCACAAGGCACGGAUAACAGUCUACCUCCCAUUACUGUAUUUCCGGUUAAAGCUCCGGGGAAGGCCUUAUCCUCUACCCCUAUACGGCCAUGCUGCGACGCUCGAGCCUACAAUAAUCUAGCGGAACCUGCUGGUUAUUUGGGAGCUGAUAUUUCGUCACUAACCUCUAGGUUAUUGGGUGCCUACCGGAAAGGGGACUCCUUAUAUAUGCUAGAUUGUAUUCGUGCCUUUUAUCGGUUAAGAACUAACUGGUUCCUCCCAUUAAUGGUCGGUAGGAAGCGAUUCUGGAGCAAUCGAGUUAUCUUUGGAAUAUCGGCUGGUCCCUCCUGUUUGGAGUUCGCGAUGACGUUUUUGUUACGUUAUGUAGCAGCUCUGGACCCAUCGCUAUCAUCGGUACGAUUUGAUGUAAUUUCCGGUUGCUGUAAGGUGGCGGGAUCAUGGAUAUAUCUCGACGACGUUACACUGAUGGGUAAUGGAGCUGACGGAAAACUUGAAAGGUUUUAUAAGCUGUUUGUGGAGACUGCUGAGAAGUUUGGUCUGUACUUUCCCCCCGAGAAGCAAAACUAUCUGUCUCCGUUUAAGGCUAGUGGUUCGGUGACCCAUCUUGGUUCAUUGUGGUCAAUAGUUGAUGACCAUUUGCAGUGUAGUUGUCGCAGAGAUAUUAAAGGUUUUCAACAGUUGUUUUCUGAACCUGGUAAAUCGAAGCGUGACUACUUUGCUAUUGGUGGAAAACUAGUUGAUUAUCCAAAUGACCAUGCUAGGGCUCGCCUUGCUAGUGAUCUUUUAAGGAGCAUUAUUGGAGGUUUCCAAACUCCGUGGGAUGAACGAGUUCAACUAGGAGAGGGAGAGGCUCGUCAAGUAGAUACCCUCUUGAACGUGUUGAAAGAAGAUUUCGAUACUCCUUGUUCACAUUUGAGUGCUACUGGUGAUGUGGCCAUUUUGGAAUGUGAUGCGAGUGCUGCCGGUUAUGGUUAUAUCUUUAGCUGUGGUUCGUAUCAUGCUUCCCGUGCUAAGGCUUUUCGUACCAAUCAAUUGGCAUGGCACGUCAACCGCAAAGAAGCUUGGUGUAUCAUUCAAGGUUUACUCUCUAUUCUGCCAUUCUUGGAAGAAUACUGUCCAUCGUCAACUGGUGUGUCCUGCCCAUUAACUUUGAAAGUGGUAGGUGACAGUAAGUCGGCUCUGGCUUGGGCGUGCGAUAACCGGAGUAACGUCCGUAGUGUGGAGCGUCUGGCUAUCCGCCGAAUGCUGAAUACCCUAGAUGAUAUUCGUGCAAUGUUUGAUAAGAUGAAUAUUCGCCUAGAAUUUGUGAGAGUUCCUGGAUCAAGUAAUUUGGGAGCAGAUGAACUCAGUAGACUUCUACUGAAGUGGAAAGUCUGUCCAUGUGAAGGUACCAAGCCUGACUCAACCAGUGACUUGUCUGCACUAUGUUCUUUAUCGCUCAUGGUCGAGGGUGCUAAUGAAGAUGAGGAGAUCUUGAAGAAUGGUGGUAAAGAAGUGUGCCAAUCCCUGAUGUCUUUGGAGACCAGUCCACCAGCUACUGUUGUGCAAUGGUUACUUUCUCUACAGAAGUGUGACCCUUUUAUCAAUUCUGUCCGAGAGUUCUUGGUGGAGGGUAAGAAGGAUGCUUAUUUGGAACGACUACUCAGAGAUCAUGGCCGACAAUAUGAGCUCAACCACUGUGGUCUUGUCGUUGAGUGCCGAUAUACCGAUAAUCUGGAAGGUUGGCCACGGAAAUUUGUGAGUGAUGGUGGUCGGAACUUCACAUCUAAGUUGACCAAGACUAUGUUUUGUCGUGAAGGAGUGCUUCAAGACUGGUCCCCAUACUGUAAGGGCCUUACAAGGAAGAUUGAGGCUAUCAACGAGUUGGCUAUGCAAAAAGAGAUGUCGAUGGAGACUUCUGGCGUCAAGCCAAAUAAGAAGUGUUUUAAGAUUGGUGACUUGGUUAGACGGUCUAAUAAGGAGGUUAAAGAUGACUCAGUCUAUGAAGUGAUGAGCUGCGGUCGCCACAGUGUGAGUAUUCGCCGUCAAGGUGAUGUAAAUAGUUUGCCCGUGAAGGAGCAGGUUAGGAAUCUUGUACUUGCUCAAGUUGAGAAUCAACUGGGGGAGAUGUGA